UAUCAGCUGUCAGUUGUCAUGUGUCGUUUGAUAUUUCUGCUCAAUCUAGAUUGAAUAAAUUAAAAUCUUGUUUGAAAAUAUUUUUUUUAUUAUAUCAGGAAAUAACCUUGAGCACAUUUGUUUUAUUAUACAUUCACAAAGAACGCACUAUGGGUAACUGGAAACUGGAAGUAGCAAGAAUGGCCAUGUAUACAUCCUUUCCAGUGGCUUUGUUCUUCUUCUUCAAUCAGCCUGUAUACUUUGAAGAGUGGGUCACGAAUACUAAACGGCAAAUAUUUCCACCAGAAAAUGUAAAGGACAAGGAGGCUUUCCAGCAACUCAUCAAGGACAUGAGAAAAAAGCAAAUGCAAUCCCUUGAGGACUGAUUCAAGUAUAACUCUUAGUGUUAGUUCUGUUAAUUUAAUAUAGAGUUAAUUAAAUAUACGGGAAGUUUUA